AUGACUACAAAAUUUAACUACUUUAAUUCUUUAUUGCAGAACAACGCAUCGUUAGAUGACUUUGACCGUAUCAAAACCUUAGGGACGGGUUCAUUUGGUCGUGUUAUGCUUGUAAAACAUAAGACUUCUGGUCAGUAUUAUGCUAUGAAAAUACUAGAUAAACAGAAAGUUGUGAGACUCAAACAAGUGGAACAUACGCUAAAUGAAAAGCGGAUUCUACAAGCUAUCGACUUCCCAUUUUUAGUCAAUAUGCAAUACUCGUUCAAGGAUAAUUCUAAUUUGUACAUGGUGUUGGAGUUCAUCAGUGGUGGGGAAAUGUUCUCGCAUCUACGACGUAUCGGACGCUUCAGUGAACCGCACUCUCGCUUUUACGCUGCACAAAUUGUUUUAGCAUUCGAAUAUUUACAUUCUUUAGACCUCAUCUACCGUGAUCUCAAACCUGAAAAUUUAUUAAUCGACAGUACUGGUUAUCUCAAGAUCACAGACUUUGGUUUUGCUAAACGAGUCAAGGGCAGAACCUGGACGUUAUGCGGUACUCCAGAAUAUCUUGCACCAGAGAUCAUAUUGAGCAAAGGUUAUAAUAAGGCUGUUGAUUGGUGGGCCUUAGGAGUUUUGAUCUAUGAAAUGGCUGCUGGUUAUCCGCCAUUUUUUGCUGACCAACCAAUUCAAAUUUAUGAAAAGAUUGUGUCUGGCAGGGUAAAAUUUCCGUCACAUUUCACAAGCGAAUUGAAGGAUUUGUUAAAAAAUUUGUUGCAAGUGGAUCUCACCAAAAGAUAUGGUAAUCUGCGGAAUGGAGUGGCGGAUAUAAAAAAUCAUAAAUGGUUUGGUUCAACAGAUUGGAUUGCAAUUUACCAGAAAAAGGUUACACCAGCGAGUUUCUCGUGCAAAGAAAAUCAAACUGGUCGACUGUUUGAAGCACUGUAUCCUCGCGUGAAUGGACCGGAAGAUACCCGGCAUUUUGUUGAAGAUAUUAACGAGCAGGACAACGUUUUGCGUAUUGGCAACGAGAAUACAGAGGCUCCAUUUAUGCCAAAAUGUCGUGGAGCUGGUGAUGCAUCAAACUUCGAUGAUUAUGAAGAAGAACCAUUACGGAUUUCCGGUACAGAAAAGUGUGCGAAAGAGUUCCAAGAAUUUUAA